AUGUUAAAAUAUCUAGGGCCGAUGGUCGUGAACCGCGACGGCACACUGAGUUGCAUUAUGAAUUGGGAAAACAUGAUGGAGAUGGAGCGGCCCAAUAGGCUGCGGGUGCUGGGGAAGCAGAAUCAGCUGCGGCAGGAGGCGCUGAAGACGACGGAGGAGGGUGCGAAGUAA